AUGUAAAUAUACCCAAUAUAUGGCGAUGAUUCUCCUAUAAAUGAAAUAACAUCUAGAAGUGGACAUAGAAGUGGGUCAAAUUAGAUAAAAAAGUUUCAUAAUGCAAAGACUUCUAGAUAUUUGUAAAUGAAUAUGUAAAGAAUAGAUUGCCACUUUAAAAUCCUCCAUCAACUGAAUCAAGAUUAACAUUGUCAAGAACAGACUCUCAUCUGAAGUUUAGUUUUGCUAGUCAUUCUUAAUAAUAGAGGAAAAAUACAAAAACAGAAUUUCGUCAAUUUAGUAAGAAAUUAAUUCAUGCAAUGAAUUUUGUGAAGGAACUUCGUCAAUAUGCUGAAUAAUUGAAGUCAUAACAUAUGGAAUAUAAAUAUCGGCAUCGCAAUUUUUUUCCUUUGUAUCCAGAUGAUAAAAUAUAUAUAAUAUGGAUAGUUGUAAUGAAAGCAUUGCAUUUUUUAGCUUCAAUAAUAUUACCUUUAUAAUUGGCUUUCUAAGUAUUGUAAUUUAAAAUAUUAGGGGAGUCGGAAAGGACGUGAUUUAAUUAAUUUCAGCAAUAUUCGCAAUAGACAUUCUAUUUAAUUUUACAAGUUGUCAUAUAGAUGAACAUAACAUCCUAUUGCAUACAUUUGAUACAAUAAUUCCAUUUUAUUUAAAGGGAUGGUUUUUAAUUGAUCUAAUAUCUAUAAUUCCAUUUGAGGAUUUUGAAAGUACCUAGUUAUUGGGUUUAAUGAGAUUAUUUAGGAUAGCUAAAUAUUUUAUGUAUGAAAGAAGAGAAAAUUAUAAGACAGCAGAUGAUAUAAUAAAAAAGAAAUAAAUAGUUUUAAAAGAAGAUUUAUUUUAUAGAGAAGAUUAUAAUAUAGACUUAAGAAUUAGAAGAGUAUUAACAAUAUUUGUUGAUAUGGUUAUUUUGACACACAUUUUUGCAUGUUUAUGGUUUUGGAGUGCUAGAAUGGAUGAAUUUAAUUAAGAGACUUGGGUAAUAAGAGAAAAGGUUUACGAUUUCAAUAUAGAAAAGUAGUAUGUCACAUGUUUUUAUUGGGCAAUAUAAACAGUAACAGUUAUAGGAUAUGGAGAUGUUGCUGCUCAUUCUUCGUUUGAAUUCUUUCUUUAAAUAAUUUGGAUGCUUAUUGGUGUUGGAUUUUAUUCUUUUACUAUAGGUGAUAUCACUUGUAUUUUAGUAAAUGUUAAUCCACGUCAAGAGUAUGAAGAUUAAUUAAUCCUACUUGAAGAAUUAGGGGAUCAAACUUUUAUGAUUGAUGAAGUGCUUAAAGAAUUAAUUUAAUUUGCAAAAUUUAAUAUUUCUCAUAAUCCCUUUUGGGCUCGUAAUACGAUAGAUAUGGUAUAAGCCUUACCUUGGAGCAUGAGAUAAUUCAUUAUUACAUCAACUCAUAAAGAUAUCCUUAAAAUGGUACCUUUUAUUGCUAAUGAUAUUAAUUUCUCGACCAUGGUAUUACCUCACUGUACUUUUGCUAAAUAUGAUGAAUAUUCUACUAUCUAUCAUAUUGGUUAGAGUUCUUCAGAUUUUUAUUACCUUCUUAGUGGUGAUGUUAGAUUAUCUGAUGCAUCUGGAGAAUGUCUAAUCAGAGUUAUGGAAGGAACAGUCUUUGGAGAAGUAGAAUCUAUAGAAUAAACUUUAAGACGAUGGCAUGCUCAUGCUGUUACUAAAAGUGUUGUGUUAAUGUGUCCAGGUAGGUUUUUCGAAUCUUUAAUCAAAUAAAAUUCAACUCAGUUUUUUGAAUUAUAUUAGAUGUAUAAGAGAAGGAAAAUCCUUCUAUCUGACUAUGCAGAAUAAAGAUAAAGUAUUAUACCUAUUCAAUUUUAGGAUAAGCUGUUAGACUUAAAAGAUCUACAGCAAUUAUUGUUGAAGGUAAGGUUGUUAAAACACAACAAGUUAGAAGAUCAAGUGAAAAUAGAUAAUAAUUUAAAUCCAAAAUUGAUUGUCGAAAUUAUAUUAGUGUUUAAUAAGAUUUAAUGUUAUCUGUUGUUGGUUAAAAAUAAGCUAGAAAAAAACUGUUGAGAGAAAAGUUUAGACUGGUAUAAAAAAAUAUCUAUCAAGGCUGUUUAUAGAAUCAAAUAAAUGAUAGUUAGAACCAAAAAAAGAAGAGGUGCCUUAGUUGCAGAUCCAGAUUAUAAAUUCAUCAGAGAACUUAUUGCCAAUAGAAGUCAAUAAACUAUUUAAACUAAUAUGUUUGAUACUAAUAGCUAUUUAUAAAAACUUAUGAAUAAAUUUGGUAAAGUAGUAGAAGAAGAAAAUUAAGUAUAAUCAUUUAUCAUUAAAAAAAAAUAAGAAUCUUAUGAAAAAAUUAAAAGAAUCAAACUUAAAAAUCUCAUUACAGAUUGGAACAAAAAUACACAUCGAAAAUCUGUAAAAAGAGAAGUCGAUCUUUAUUAUUCAUAGUUUCAUGAAUAGAUUUAUCAAGAACUAUUGCAAACUAGAGUCGAUCAAAAAUAAAAAAUUAAAUAUAAAUAAGAUAAUAUGAGAAAAAACUCUGUCUAAUCACUUAGGAUGUUAAACCUUAAUGUGAAUUACAUUAUACAAUUAGCUAUGAAAUUUUCAAUUCAUAAAUUUGAAAUUGUUAAAUUAGAGAGAGAUAUUGAUCAAAUUAUUGAUGAAUGCCAAUCAAUAGUCUAAUAUAUGAUGUGA